AUGUCUUACAAAUCAUCGUAUUUUCGAUGCCUUGAACAUCGAUUAUCAACAUUGCAUGAAAAUAUGGACGACCAAGAAGCGGUAAAUAUUGUCAACAAUGAAAUAUCCAAAGAACAAUUACAAUCACUUAUUGGACGAGGAAAAACAACGUCAUUUAUUUUUUCAAUUAAAAAUCGUAUUGGUGGUUUAGCAAGAGUUCUUCAAGUUUUUCAGGAAAAUAAAAUAAAUGUUGUUCACAUUGAAUCUCGUCGUUGUCAUCGAACAAAUUCUGAAUAUGAAAUUUAUGUUGAUUUGGAAGCUGAUCAAGCUAAUAUUGAAAAAUCAAUGCACACAUUAAAAAGACAAGUUUCAUGUGUUGAUUUUGAUCCAACUCUACUUCUUGAACCCAAAGAAAAUAUUAAGAACGAAGAUAAAAGUUACGAUGCCAAGGCUCAUACGAUUACAAAUGAAAACAAUGAUCUCAAUAAGAUACCUUUAUCGCCGUUUAUCGACCAUAAUGGACAAGUCAUCGGACGUCAAAGUAAGUUAUAUUAA